AUGUAUCGGAACGUGACUAAAGUGUUGAAUACUAGAGCUGUUUCACAAUAUGUGAUUUUUGAUGAAGGGCAUCGAGAAAACAAAAUGAUCAAUGAACAAUCUCUUCAACAGGCGAAAAUAAAAAUAGAAGAAUUGUUUUUGGUAACGGCAAAGCGUACGUCAGAUGCUCCAAGUUUACCAGUUAUCGUUAUCGAGAAAGAAACGUGCGUUGCCGCUUGGGAGUGGUAUUCAUUUUUAUUUGGUAAUGCACUUGCACUAUUCCGCACACAAACACAGUCAGUCGUAGAAAAAUUAAAAUCAACAACAUUAUCACAUGUACAAAAAAUUCUUAAUAUUGAAUUUAAUAUUUUCAUGCGUAGUGCAUUAACUGCAAAAGUUCCAGGAACAGGAAGAACCGCUCCAUUCCAUAAUAGUCCUCAUUUACUGGACCCAGCGUUACAAAAGUUGUUGAGUGAUGGGACUAUUAUUCAAGGUUAUUUUCUUCUGGAUUCAAAACAACACAAACAUCUCUCGUAUAUGAAGUUACCUGUACCAAUCGAUAAACAAAAAAGAGAUAUUUUUGAGAGAAAUUUUAUCACGUAUGAGAUAUCAUUAGAUGCAUACGAAGAAAAUUAUUUUCAUGAAAAAAAGCCGUCAAAUCAAGUACUAUCACAAGAAGCUAUCGGUAUGUUUCGACGACGUGCAGAGUUAGUGCCACAUUAUCACAAACAUCAAGAAUUGAAUGAAAUCAUCGAUGAUUAUCUUCAAUGUGGUGAAAUUAUUCCAGUCUUUAAGGAAGAUAAAGGAGGCAAGGUUAUAACAUGUUAUGAAAUUUCUCAAACAGCAACGGCAUUUGAACCACAAACAAUACCGAUAACAGCGGCGGUAAGCAUAACAAAUCAAGCGGUAGCGAACAAUCACCAAACUGUUAAAGAAAACAUGGUUUCAAAAGAGUCCAAUCCGAAACCAACAACAGUAUCGACAGGGGCUUCGAUAUCUCUUCCGCUAUCAACAACAAAUGUUAACCUACAAAAUUCAUCAUUUCAAGAACUGCUCGCGUCAUUCACACCACAGCAACUUCAAAUGUUAACGAAAGCAACGUCUACAGAUUCUCAUCAAUACCCACACAAAUCUGAUUCUUAUGAAUUUGUGAAUCAGGAUCUGCUUGAAAAUGAAUUUCAAAAUCAAUUACAAGAUUUUCAUGAUGACGUUACAAGUCAAAGAGCUGUCAUACUUAUCGGCAAAUCAGUUAUCGGUCCAAAGGCCAAGAAUGAUCAAACAAGUGACGAUUCAAGCGACGAUGAACACAUGAAAGUAUCCGAUAACGAGCAUCCACCGUCUCCGUCGAUACAACCUAAUGACCAGAUAACGACCAAUGAACAAGUUGAAAAUCUAACUGCCGACACAACGGCAAAACAUUUGCUAGUGGAUCCAAAAUUGAAAAAGAUUGCAAAGAAAAUUAUGCUUCAUAAGUCGGUGGUGUUUGCUCAGGCUGAUAUGACUCGUAUAACCACACAUGGUGUUGAACGGGACAAAGCAAAAGAUAUGUUGCUUGCUACCGGUCUCAAAUGGAGUGAAUAUGUCGAAUCCUACACAAAGUACCAUCCUAACUGUGUAUCAAGCGGUAAUUCGACAUGGAAAAUUACAGAAGAAGUUGCUGCAUUAUUAGAUAAUGAUUAUUAUUAUGCUCAAUAUGUGCGUUACAAUAGGGUAACAUGUUAUACAAAAGACAAGUAUUUUAAACGUUAUUAUGAAUAUUUAUACUCGUUGUUUACAUCUUUUUGGACACGACAUCAAACAAUAUCGAAGGCAUGCGAUCCCGAAAAAUGUUCCAGAGUGUUUAUAACCGAUGGACAUCGAAAAGCCAAUCGAUUCGUGUGUGCACAACAAGAUGUAUUUGAUUUUCAGAUUCCCGAAAUGGGUGGUGUUGUCACUGGAUGCUCAGAAACACCAAGACGCAACACAGGAAACAAAACAUUCUGUGACUUUCAUCAACCAACAAACAAUACAACACCGACUCAACAUACAAGUGAUAAUCUGCUUCGUGCGGACACUGGCAAGUUGAAAAUCGCAAAAGAUGCUGUAAAUCAAGAAUACGAAGCAGCCGAAGAUCAAGACAUAUGCAACGUGUUCCGUGAGGACAUUAUUGAUGAAAAAAAACGAUCAAGCUACGGAUUCUUGGCUACAUUUCUGAAUUGUAUGGUAAUUGUCGGUUUCGACGAGUGUCCGAGAUCUGAAGGACUACAAGUGAUACCACCAGAUAUUCAAACACGAGUACAUGAACUGGUGGAUCAAACGUCGCUAAGUUCAAAACAGUCAUCGAACACAUCUUCUGCCACCCAACUAUCAACAGUAAUAGAUUCACCGUCCCAACAGCUGCUAUCCUCAAUCACUCGCAUUAAUACAAAUGAUAGUGCAACAAAAGCCGACAUUAGUACAAAGCUUCUAACAAAUCCAACAUCAGGAACGAUAGCAACCGCAACCGCCUCAACGCUUCGUCUCAUUGCACCACAAAUCAGUUCACAAGUUCAGAAAGCAUCAACUGCAAAAGAACGUUUUAAUCGACAACCGUCCAGAAGACUCAAUUCCAGCUUCGUCCUGAUGCUAUUUGAAAUAUUCUUAGCUAUACCACAUUACAGCGAAUAA